AUUUAGCGAGUUUGACUUGUGUUUUAUCACUAUUAAGUGCUUUACUACUUGCUUGGCAAGAUAAAAGAGCUGAAAAAUUACUUCACCGCAAGGUACUUGAUGCUGCAGAAGUUGUGCAAAUAAAAGAUGUUAAAAACUUCCCAAAGAUCUUUUGGCUUGUUACAUUAAUCAUUGUUUGUUAUUAUACAACUAUAUUUCCAUUUGUAGCAUUAGGAAAGUAAGUUAAUUUUAUUAUAUUAACUAACAUUAUUCAAUAAUAAUAUAGUUUUUAAAUUAUAUUUAAUUUUUACAAAAAAAAAAACAAAAAACAACAACACAUGAUGUACAAAUAGUUUUUUUUUUCACAAUAGCAAAUUUGCCUUAAGCAGACCCAAUUUAGUGUUAUUAGUUUUGAUAUUAGAAAGCAUUGACCUAUUAUCAAAAUCCAAGAACUAUAUUUGUAUUUGUACAUUAGUUUAUUUUGCUUCCAAUAAUUACAUUUUUAGGCAAAAUAUAAUCAUUGAAUUGUGAUAUUUUAAACUCAUAUCUACUUAAAAAUUUAAAGAACAAAAAACUAUACAGACACAGAUGAUGGGCUUUCAUUUAAUUUUGAUAAUAGGUUAAUUCACUCUAAUAUUAAAACUAAUUGCACACAAUUGGUUCUGCAAAGAACAAUUUGCUAUAAGUUUGUCAAAUGGACACAGCAAUCGCUGGGGCUGCCCUCCUAGUUUAGUGAUGCCUAUUCACUGAUAAAGGCAAAACAUAUGCUACAUAAAAAAAAAAUUAUAUAUAUAUAUAUAUAUAUAUAUACUUACAUUUUGUCAUCUGUAUUGCCAUCACUUACUCAAUUAUAAUAAAUAAUUGUAUACAUUUAUCUAAAUUACUAAUUUUUUAAUUUUAUACAAAAAUGAUCAAAAAAUAUAAUUUUCUUCUAGCAUUAUUGUUUUUGCCUUUAUCAGUGAAAAUAGCAGAGAAAAGUCUCAUUUUCACAAAUGCAUGUGUAGCAUCUUCUAAAGUUUUUUUUUUUUUUGACUAUUAAACAGUUGUACUCAGGAUUAUUUAUAAUAGAAUUUUAAUAAUUUUAGAUUUUGAGUGAAGAGAGAAAUGUGUUGGUUUUAAAAUGUUUAUUUUUUUUUAUGUGAACACUUUCUACAAGAGCUCACUCCAAUUAUCAAGUAUAGCACCUUUUCUGAAAAGAAAUGUUCUCUAGGUGGUACUUUAGAGAGGUUGUUUUUUGAAAUUCUCAUUUAUAUUUGAGAUACUGAAAAAAAUUGCCAUUGUUUUAUUUAUUUUUUGUUAUUAAGUUUUUAUUAUUUAAAAAAAUAUUUUCUAAACAAUUAUUGUUGUCUUGGAAAGAUGCAUUUUAAUAAUUUUACCCUAAUAUAAUAUAUUGUUGACGAUACAACAUUAUCAACUGAACUUUUCAGUUGAUAGUUUUCAGAACAGAAUUGUUUUUAGUAAGCAAUGGUUUAUUGUUGUCUACAAGUAUACAUUCAAUUCCCAUCUGUAUCCUACCUUCCCAACUUCCCAUCUACAACAAUAGUUGCACCCACGUGGGACUUAUGUCUGUCCUUUAUUUAUGCAAACAAAAUAUGUUAGGAAAUUACCAUUUUAUACUGGCCUUAUAACUUAUUCAUGUAUGGUAUAUAUUAUUUCAAAUAACUUAAAUUUUAUUUGUUCAAAAUGUAUAGGACUAUUCAAUUUAUAUAAACAUUAUAUUAUGAAUUUCAUUCAUGUAUACAAUUUUACAUAUUUUGUACAUUUUCUUUUCAUACAUGAUAUGUUUUUAUUAUUAUUAUUUAUAUUUUCCAGGGUGUUUUUUGAAAGAAAGUACAAUUUUUCACCAGAUGCAGCUAAUUUUAUAAAUGGAAUUAUUUACAUUAUAUCAGCUGUAUGCGCACCAUUUCUUGGUUUGGUAAUUGAUAAGACUGGACGAAAUCUAUUCUGGGUAUUUUUAUCAAUUCUUGGUACAUUAGUUUCACACAUGAUCUUGACAUUUACAUUUGUCAACCCCUAUAUUGCUAUGGUAAGAAGAGUUAAUAUACAUUUACAGUACCUGUAGAUAAAUAUAAAAUAAGUAUCUAUAUUAAUAAUUUGAAUUUAUUCAUUUUUUCUUUUUUUAGUUUAUAAUGGGGCUUUCUUAUUCAAUGUUAGCAAGUGCAUUAUGGCCUCUUAUUGCAUUGAUUAUCCCUGAACAUCAAAUAGGAACUGCGUAUGGAAUGCAAGUGUUUUGUAUAUUUUAUUUCUAGCUGGUUAAUUAUAUUUUAAAAUUUAUUAACUGAGAAUAAGGGCUAAAAUGAAUUAAAAUGGAUGUAUGUUAUGUGGGGAUCUCAACAUGGUUAAAUUUAUUAACUUUUGAACCAAAAUUGUAUUUUUCGAACCAACAAAUUAUUCAAAUUAAAUAUAUGUAUAUAUAUAUUGUCAGUCAUAAUUUAUUUAUUAUUAAAAUAUUUCAUAAAAUAUUAUAAUAUUAUAAAAUAAUUAUAGACUUACAGUUUUAAAUAUAGUAUACAUAAAUCAGUUAAUUAUAAUACACAAUUUAUACAACAUUUUAUUUCAUAUGUGUAUAGUUAAAUACUUAAAAUAUUGUUUUAUUUUUGCAUUGUAUAGAACUCAAUCUGUUGAAAAUUUUGGUCUUGCUGUUGUGGCUUUAUUGACUGGUAUAAUUGUGGAUGCAGAUGGCUACUAUAUGGUGGAACUAUGUUUCUGUCUAUUACUGUCAGGUAAAUUUUAUAUUGUUUUAAUAAUGAGCAUUAUGUGUAUUUAUUAAAAAAAUUUAGCUAAGUUAAUUUAAUGUGAACAUUUAACGAAUUCUGAUAUUUAAGUUACUCUAAAAAUUAACCCGGAAUAUACAAUUUCGGUUAAAUAGAGUAUAAUUUUUUUGUUACCUUAUUCUGUAGGAAUAACAUAAUUUAUACUGUUAUGGUUUUUUUUAUUCCUAUUUAUUAUUAAAAUCGGAAUUAUGAAUAAAUAAAUGUAUCUUUUUAGUUUUAAAUAAAAUGUUUAAAAAAAAAAAAAAACUGAUUUUAGUUUCUUUGUUACUGACUGCUGUACUGUGGAACUUGGACUCUAAAAACAAUGGAAAUCUGAAUAUGAGUAUUAAGCAGAGAAUCCUGCUAGAAUUAAAAAAGUAAGUGCAUAUUUAUUUAUUUAUCCGAAGUAAUGUAUGUUGUUCUUUUUUAUUGUAAUUUAAACUUUAAAUUGUUUUUAUUGUUUUAGGCCUCCUCCUCCAGAAGAACAAACUCUUUUACAAGAUAAUGACAUAUGUAACGAAGAAUAAGUAUUCAAAUUUAAGUUUAACUAUUUUUUUAUAACUAUAUUAUACUUUGAACAAUAUAUUUAUAUAUUUAUAUUUUCAAUUUGACAAAAAAAGGGUGCGCAAUUAUUGCAUUUUGUGUGCACUGCUAAUGUAUAAUAUUUGAUUAAACUGAAACUCAACAAAUCUGGGCAGGUAUUUUGUGUUUGAUUUGAAAUAUUGAUUGGUCUUGUGUGUACUAUGGUGACUAACAACUAUUUACUUCUUCACUACUGACAAUAAUUAUUAAUAAUAUAAUAAUGGUAAAUUGUAUACUUGAUUAAUAUAUUAAGGAAUUAUAGAAUUAUUCAAAACCAAAGUAUAAUAAAAAGGAACCUAUUAGUUUUGGCCUAAGCCAUCUUCAGGUAACAUAAAUAUAAAAUAAAAUCACUCUUAAGUACAAUUAAAAUAUAAUAAAAUUGAUGCCAAACUGAUUCAGAAAGAUAAUAUUGUAUAUAAAGGAAAAUAAAUGUGUAUACAAAUAUAAUAUAUUAUUAAUGUAAUGAAUUAUGAAAGCAUGAUAGUGUAAUUAAAUGUUUAUGUUUUCAUUAAAUUAAAUAUUUUGAAAUUACAAUUUUUUACUUUUUAAAAAUGUAUUAUUCUUCUUGUAUACUGUUAAUAUAUCAUUACAGUGUUUUUAAAAAACCUACUCAACUGGGCACUGACACCUUAAAAUUAAAAUCAUAUGUACAAACAAAAAAUAGUAUGUUUUAACUUUAAACUUUAAGUUUUUUUUUUAAACCAUUUUAAUUAUCAUCAACAAUUUAAUAUGAUUCAUACAAUAGUACCCAAUAAUAAUUUUAAUAUAGACCCUGUUAAUAAAAUAAUAAGAAAUGAUCUUCCAUACAACUUUGCAAACCUCUUAAUAAUAUAAUAAUAAAUAAUAAUAAAUAAUAAAUAAUAAUAAGAUACCAUUUUAUACUAACAACACUAAAAAAGAUUGUUAAUUCCAAAAUAAAAAUAAAAAUUAUACAUUUAAUAUAAAUAUUUAAAAUAUUUUGGGGGCAUACAAACUCAAGGGUAAUUGUAAUAAAUUGUACAUAAGUAUAACUAAUAAAAACUUUUAACAUUAAAAAGAAAUAGAUAGAAAAUGAAUCCAAUCAAAAAUCUAACUUUGUAAAAUGUCAAUAAAUAAAUAUAAUAUAGGUUCUAAAAUAGAAAAAGAUUUGGACAUAAUAAACAAUUAAAACAAUAUAUGCAUACUAAUGAUAUCCUAGAAUUCCAAAUUGGUAAUGAAGCAAAAACACAAAUAGUUUCAGCUAUAUUUUAAUCAAUAACACCAAAAUUUGAUUAUACUAUCAUAAUUUCAUAAUGCAACAUGUUAUAUGAUUUGUAUACACCUUUAUUUGGGAACCCAAGCUACCCAGCAAAAUUUAGAAAAGCAAAUCUUGUUAUUAGUAAUAUAAUUUCAUCUAAAUUGAGGGAGGUAGACAAAUCUAUAGCUAAUAAUGUGUGACAUGAUAAUGUAUAUUAAACAUUCUAAAUUUUGAUUUUCCAAGGUUUGAUGUUGGAAUUUACGGUUUUUCCAAAAUUAACUUUUCAAGUUCUGUUAGAUGUCCAUUUAUUUCUUUUAAAAAACAAUUUAAUUGUAUUUAUUAAGUUUUUAUUAUUUUAUUAUACUUUGGAUUUGAAUAUUUAAUAAUUUUAUAAUUGAUUCAAAUUGUUUUAAAUAACUUGUUCUACCAUUUAUUAAUGUAUUAGUCAUGAUGGUAAAAUCUUAUACAUUAUCAUAACAAUGAUAUUAUUUUGAUUUACCACAUUAACAUUAAAAUCAUAUUUUUCACAUUCAAUUUCAAAACGUUGGCAUAUUAUCAGUGUCAAUCCUAUGUAGUUGCUGUGUGCAAUUUUCAGUAAAAUCAAAACAUUACAAGUACCUAAAUAAAUUAAAAAUAUUUUAAUAAUGAUAAAAAUAAAUAAAUAACAAAUUUCUAUUUUAAGGCACCAUAGUAUUUAAUGUAUACUCCUAUACACUAUGCAGUAUGAUAUAGUAUAUAUAUCGCACACUCACUUAAAAAGUGACAUUAACUGAAUAAAUGAUAAUAUGUAAUAAUAUUAAACAUGGAUAAAACUUAAGACCGUGGUUUUCAGUGUGCUCAAGUAGGAAUUUUAAACUCCCUGGCUCCAAGAGUGCAUUUGUUAUUAAGAGUUUGUUUGUUUGUGGUAAGUGGUAACCUCAGUGUAGAUAAGGGAUUAGGUAAUCUGUUAAUAAUAUUCACACAAAUCGUAGUAUAUUAUGAUUAAAAAUUAUUAAAUAACAUUCAUUCAUUUUAGGUCAAUGUAAGAAUAAAGUAUACUUUAAAUUCAAAAAUUAAACCUCAUCGAAAUUUAUAAAAUCUGCAGAUUGUAUGGAUAGCUGAUUGAUAAAAUGUGUUUCUUUAUCGUAAACCACAACUUGCCACAUUUUACCAUAACGGUGACAACUAUACUCUUCUGGAAUAGUAAUCGAAUACAUGAUGGAUAAUGAAUAUGCCCAAUCCAUGUAUAUAUUAUGUAUAAAUUAUCAAUGGAAAAAUUAUAAUUUAAACAAUUUGAAUAAGUUUUUCACUAUAUUCUAUGCAAUUUAUUCCCUAUAGAUUUGUUGCCUUAAGUAGUACACAAACUUUAUAGCAUAAGGUCUAUGGGAUAAUACUUUGUUUUGUUGUUAAGACAAAAGUGAGAUAAACCACUUAAUAGUUUUGUGUAAAUAAAUUGUUGAUACACCAAUAGUGAAAUAUGUGCCAUACUGCCAUGUAUCGGCCAGUGAAAAAUAAGAAUAGACUUAUGACGUUUUAACACUAUAUACUUCUGAUAUUUAUGCUAUAAUAAACUGGAAAAUCAUGGUCUUUUUAGUAAUAUCACUUUUUGUUGGGUAGGGGAGAGCUGCGAUAUGUAAACACAAAAUGAUUAUUUAAAGUGGGACAUUAAUUAUUGUUUAGCAUUUUUUAUUCACAUAUCUAUUAGUAAAUUUUUAAAAUUUUAAAUAAGGUACCUAAUACAAGUUUUUAAGUUUCAACAGUAAAACACAUUUCUUAAACUAUUGAUUUACAAAGCAUUUUUCAGAAAAUUAUAUUGAGUAUUAUAAUAAUCUGGUAAAAUGGUAAAAACUGAUUAAAAGAGCGGUUGAGCAGUAUUAAAUUUUAUAUAGGUAUGUGCGAUUUUAAUAUUAUAAUACUCUGCUUGUGUUUUUUUUCCUUCAAAUAAUAAUAUGCCUUGAAUAUUUGAUAAAAAUAAGCCACCUAUUGAUGACACUUUUAACUGCUUGUAUUUUAAAAAAUAAUAUAAUUAUUACUUAAAUGAACUAUAAAAUAUCUAUUCUAAAAAUAAAUUCAUGUGAUGAAUAUAACAUUUAUUAACAUUUAUUAAUAAUACAAUCCAAAAAUAAUUUUUAACUGUUUCAAAUCAAAUUUUAUAUUGCUGCUUUAUUGUUACCCAUCAUGUAAUCAAUCACAUCAGUUUUAUGUUAAAAUAUAAUAAUUGUGAGUUGGAUGUUUUAAUCUUUAGCUUAUUGUUAUUUUUAUACAAAUACUUUGUAAUCAAAAGUCUGUAAAACAUUUAUCUGUAACAGAAUAAUGUAAUAAUAUGCAAUUAAUAAUCAGCGCAUAGGUUUCUAAUAUUUGCACAUUGAUAUAUUAUGUUACCUAUAAUAAUUAUUACUAGCAUAUUAUAUUAUGGAUAUAUUACUCUGUUAUUGUCAUUCCUUUUAUUGUGUUCCAUAAUAUUAUUAAGUUGAUAAUAUUUUAAUCAUUAUUUUCGAUUAUUGUGUAUAGUUUUUAAAUAUUAUGUUAGUUAAAAGUUUUAUGUUGUAAUUUCAAUACUAUAUUGCAGUAUUUUAAAAUUAAAAUUAAAUAGUUGCAUCAUAUUAUUUGUACCUACUUUACCUUAUUAGUUUUCUUAUUAUUAUAUUAAUAUAUUACUUUUUGCUUGAAAAUGGAUGUUAAAUUUACAUUAGGUUAUAAUAACAUUUUUAAUAUAAAGAUUUAUCAUUUAUAAACAAUUGUAUCCUUGAUUCAUAUUAUCAUAAUAGAUAUUAUAAUUAUAAUCUGUUAUUGAGUAUUUAUUUUAUACUUAUAAUUUAUUGUACUCUAGUUAUAUUUACAAAACUAGUUAACUAGUAAAAAUCAAUUAUUCUGCAGAAUGGUUUACUUAGGCAUGCACAAUAGUUAAUUGGUUAGACUCAAUAGUGGAUUGUGUCAAAAUAAUCCAUUAUUGCAAUUAAUCGAUAUAUUUUGAAGAAGCAAUUUAUUUACUCAACGUGUUCAAUAGUCGAUUGGAUUGCAAUAAUAUACUAUGGG